CGUGAAUCAUGCAGGAACCUGACACCUUCGGCAAUUCCGAUGAUGUGUUUCGGGAAAAUCAAUGAUUCUAGUCUCUUGAAGGGAGAAUGUUGCAAAGUGACCAAGUGACAACGCCACUGCGGAUUUGUAUUUAAGGUCGGCAUCAACACCGCCAGUGGGAAAGAAAAACAACAAUCCUCAAGUCCAGUUUCCUUGCAAGAAAGUCCACUACUAUCAUUACACUCAACAAUUGCUUCUCAAUUGCAUUCAGUCAAUGACCAUGUCUCCUCUUCCAGCCCCAGCCUAUACAGCCGACAACUCCCCUCCAAGCUAUGAUGAGGUCGCCGAAAAGCUAGAGCGCCUCGUUGGCAGUAACCCAACUGUCGAGAAGGCCCUCGAGGCUGCUAGCUCCCUUUCGGAGGAGGAGAUCUUCGUCCUUGCCAAUGGCUACGAAGACCAUCAGCCACUGCAGACGGACCAGCAAAAGGCCGACUUUACGGUCGGUGCAGGACUACACCUCUCGUCCGAGGAAGGUCAGAAUGGGAUGGCGCUGUCAGGAACAGCUGCGUCUCAAGCAUCGGUGGAUAUAGACAGCCGUCUCAUCGAUAUUCAGCAGAAGCUGGCCGUCAUUGACCAAAAAUAUAACGAGGGCUUCGCGGAUACCGUUGCCGGCAUUCGCCAGGAUUACAAUCAAGUUCUUCAGAAUAGUCGAAACCUGGCGGCUGAUAUCUCUCAGAAGGGCAAAAGUUUCGACAAAGUCAUCGUGAAAUAUUGUGCCGACAACACCAUCUCCCUCGAGGACCGAAAGGCCAAAGCCAAAGCCUUCGUCUCGGAUAUCAACAAGCUUGGGGCGACCGCCGAAGACAUCCAGGAAGAGUUCUCCGCCGUCAAGAACAACUUUUCCUCCUUCGUAGAUACAUACUCUACAUGGGCCGAAGGCAAAGAAGGAGAAUUGACACAACAAAUUGCGGAUCUUGAAAAGGAGAUCCGCAGCCUAACAGAGGAACUGAAUUCACUUGAGACGGCCCAAAAAGUAAUGCUCGCGCUCGGAGGAGCAGCUAUUCCAAUUGCACAGGCGCUGGGGGCGAUAUUCGAGCCUGUCAAGCCGUUGAUUCUUAUUGGAGGGCUCAUCUUCGCUGGCGUGUCUUUUGCUGCCGCUGUGGGUCUGUACAUUGCCGCUGGCGUGGUGAAAAACAAAAUCAAUCAGAAGACCUAUGAAAAAGAGGAUCUCGAGAAGCUUCUCGAGACCAUCCGAAGUGCGCGUCAGGACCUGCAGGGCAUGCAACAGAGCGGGUUGCUGUCUUUCCAAGCCUGUCUGGAUGUUCUUCCUCAGUACUGGAGCUCUACUGCUCAGAAUGCACAGUCAAUCUAUGACUGGUUGGAAAAGGGCGGCGAGACAGCCCGUCCCGUGUAUAUGAACCUGAAUGUGGAGAAGGGCGUGGAGUCUUACAAUGCUACAGCCGCGUACCUCGACACGUAUGCGCGCGGACUGUAGAGUCCAGCAUGGAGGGAAAUCUGGUCGAGUCCGCUUUGGACGCGUUUGUUUCUUUGUAGCUCUCGGAGCUUGACGUACUCUGUGGAUUAGAAUUGAUAUAUUACGCCAAUUGUUGCUACUGUGACUUUCAGGUGCAGGUAGAAGUAGUUUUCCAGACAUGCUCAGAAGCUACAGGAACCGAUUAAGCACUAUCAUGUCAGUUUUAUUGAGAAAUUCUCACAUAUGAGUUUUGAUAUCGC